AUGCCACCGCAACAAGCCUGGGCAUCACGCCAAUUUCAAGACUGCGACUCGGAUGGAAAAUCACGCGCCGUGCAGUGCAAGUGGUGCAUAGAAAAGAAAGUCGCCUACAACAGCACUUCGCGCAAGACUUCACAUCUCAAGCAAUGCGUCGCCUUCAACGAACACGUCGUCCAACUCGUUGAAGCCGAAAAUGCCGGCGGCUACCUGUGUCGCGAGCUCGAGCAGAUGCCUGCCGUUGUCCUGGAAGCCGUGCUGGAUCAAACCGGCUGCAGAAGACUGCAACAAGGUCAUGCAGCACAAAGCGCUGUAGGCAUGGGAGCCGUGAAUGGCAAUCUCGGAGCUCAAGCUGCUGCUGUACUCUUCGGUAAUGGCAAUGUCGGCGCGCCGAGACUGAACGGCAUGAAUGACACCCCUCGCUCGGAAAGACCUACUCCUUCGUCUGCACUUCGCGCCAACCCAAACUCCAUUUCUCACGCGUCGACGCCUUCAUCCGUACCGCAACGCGGUGCUGCCAACUUCAACCGCGCUCAGAUCGAUCGCGCUUUUGCUUCUGCCUUGAACCACCCUUCCACCACAUCUCCCGCGCUCCAGCCUCACCAGACUCCCAAUCAGUCCGCUUUGCAGCCUCCCAAUGGCCAAGAUGUCUCAGGGUUGCUCAGUUCAUUCAACUCCUCCACAGACCCGCGCAUUUCGGACGCCCUACGCUUGCUAGACAAAGACACUCGAGUGAGAAUUGCAAGAGAGUUGCUGGAUGAGGCAUACGAAGGUGUCAAAAGAGCUGUGGACAACUACAUCGAGAAGCAGCAAUACCUCAAUGCUAUUCUUGAAGAUGGCGCUGAGUUGGGUGCUGAUGAUCAGGGACGUUAG